GGAUCAACGGACACACACGCACGCACACACACGCACACUCGCCGCUCCUGCUGGAACGUUACAGGCGCUCAGCUGUUGUUGUUUUAUGUUGUUUAUAUUAGUUUGCUGGACCAUCGCGUGCGGCACGGAGUAACGGUCGCAGCAUCCCCGCGCGCGCAGGAGUUGAGCACGGAUCGUGAAGCGCAGGUUUUGUUCAGCAGAGGAUUUGGAGUGAAUACAGCCGAGCGAGUGCAGCGGAAGACGCAGCAGAGCCGUCACCAUGUGCAUUUGACAAAUACCUGGGGGCCAUACAGGCGAGCUGAUGAGUAUGACGAUGGUGAGUGAGCUCUUGCCGUAGUGUCUGAUGGUUUGGUAAUAAUGGACGUCCCCAAUGGCCAGCCCAGCGUCUCCACCUUCACGACCCCGGCCUCAGAGAGGAGCAGCAGUUCUGAGUCCCUCAGUGAGAAGGGCCCCUCAGAGCUCAAGAGUUUUGACGCUGUGGUGUUCGACGUGCUGAAGGUCACGCCGGAGGAAUAUGCAGGUCAGAUCACUCUCAUGGAUGCUCCAGUGUUCAAAGCCAUCCAACCUGAGGAGCUCUCUAGUUGUGGCUGGAACAAGAAGGAGAAACACAGUUCAGCACCCAACGCUGUGGCCUUCACACGACGCUUUAACCAGGUGAGUUUCUGGGUGGUGAGGGAGAUUCUUCAUGCUCAAACUCUGAAGAUCAGGGCAGAAGUGUUGAGCCUCUAUAUCAGAACAGCAAAGAAACUGUGUGACAUGAAUAAUCUCCAUGCAGUGAUGGCAGUAGUAUCUGCUUUACAGAGCGCCCCCAUCUUCAGGCUCACCAAGACCUGGGCUCUUUUGAGUCGAAAGGACAAGGCCACGUUUGAGAGGUUGGAGUAUCUCAUGUCUAAAGAAGACAACUAUAAACGCUUGAGAGAUUACAUCAGCAGCCAGAGCAUGACAUCCUGCAUCCCAUAUCUGGGUAUAUAUCUGUCUGAUCUGACCUACAUCGAUUCGGCGUAUCCCUCCACCGGCAGCAUUCUGGAAAACGAACAGCGUUCCAACCUGAUGAACAACAUUCUGAGAAUCAUCUCAGACCUGCAGAGAUCCGUUGAAUAUGAUAUCCCAGUAUUGCCGCAUGUCCAAAAGUAUCUCAACUCUGUUCGCUACAUUGAGGAGUUACAGAAGUUUGUGGAGGACGACAAUUAUAAGUUGUCCCUAAAGAUCGAGCCACCAGCUACCAGCACACCUCGCACCACUGCCUCUAGAGAGGACCUCACAGGUCCAGACACAUCUGCGUCACCGUUAUGUGGUCGUCGUGGUAAUGUUGCUGAAGGUGCCCUGCCUAAAAUCCCGCCGACGCCACCUUCACCCCGGAACCUCAUCACCUACGGACACAGGAAGUGCCACAGCCUCGGCUACAAUUUUAUCCACAAAACGAACACAGUGGAGUUUAAAAGCGCCACGUUCCCCAACGCCGGAUCCAGACACCUGCUGGACGACAGCGUGCUGGAAAGUCACACUCCCACACGAGGGCAAGCAGAGAGCUCAACACUGUCUAGUGGCAUUUCACUGGGAAGCAGUGAAGGGUCGGAGCUCAGUGAGGAGAUGUCUUGGCCUGCCUUUGAGAGGACUCGAUUCUACCACUCUCUGGGCCCCGUCAGCAGAGUGGGCCGCAUUUCCUGCAGAGGAGCACUCAGGCCCAGCAGUCAAGCCUGUGUGUGUGUGUGUGUGUGUAGCUCUGCAGAGUCGGAGGAGCUGGCGGUGCAUCUGUACCCAGGAGCCGUCACAGUUCAGGGGGUCUUACGCAGGAAAACAGUCCUCAAGGAGGGCAAGAAACCCACGGUGGCAGCGUGGACUAAGUAUUGGGUGGCUCUUUGUGGUACUCAGCUUUACUAUUAUACUGCCAAGUCCCUCAAGGCCACCGAGAGGAAGCAUUUCAAGUCUACCGCCAGCAAAAGUGUUUCUGUUUUGGGCUUAAUGGCCAUGAUGGCAGACGACCCGGAGCAUCCCGACGUCUUCCUGCUGACCGACUCUGAGCAUGGAAACUCGUAUAAGUUCCAGGCAGGGAACAGAAUGAACGCUCUGCUGUGGUUCAAACACUUGAGUGCAGCUUGUCAAAGCAACAGGCAACAGGUCCCAGCGAAUCUAAUGUCCUUCGAAUGAGUGAGACCGGGGCGAAUCAAACACAUGGAGAGCUCGUGAGCGGCUGGAUGACAGGAGAGCAGAGGAAUAUGAGGAUCGCUGGGGAAGGAGGAGAGGCCAGAGACAAAUAAAAGAGCAAAUGACUCGUGUUUUGUGUGCGUUGGAGCUUUUCCACUGCCAUCACCCAGCCUGAACCCCACAGCAAACUCCUCGAGCACCACUGCCUUAACAAGCAGAGUGUGAGUGUAUGUGUGUGUGUGUGUGUGAGAGAGAGUGACGCGAUGCCCCCAGCAGGACCCGAUUCCUCCUUCCUUUUACAUUAAUUUACACUUACAUCUUCCAUCCGAUUCCCAGCAAGCAAGGAACUUGGAUUCUUCUUGGGCUCUUCUUGAAGGACUCUUCAUGGACCUCUGGAGUUUGUUUACACCUUCUUUACCUUAUUUGUUGCUUGAGUUUUAUGGUUGUAAAUCUAAUCAGUGCUCCUCCUUCUUUGACCAAACACACCCAGGACACUCUCCGGCUCUGCACAAGACGUUGAUUGCGUCUUCACACACUUGAGUUAGGCUAAUGCAAGCAUGACACACGAUUUUCCACAAACUGGUUCAGCUGCAGCAAAUGGAAGUCCCUCGUUUAUUAAAAUACAACCAGAAAGGGCUCCGAUACUCGACGAAUUCCAGAUGAAGAGAAACUCUUUAUCUUCUGAAUGUUUCUAUUCAACUUCUGUGCUCUUUUAUGGAUUCUCCAACCUUCUUUUUAGCUCAUAUCAACACAAACACACACAAACAUGUUUGUUUUGCUUAAAGGCACCCAAGAUGUUCAAAACCAGGGUGUGUAGGAAGAAAAGAUUGAGAAUGGAAGAGCUCAUCAAGCAGGAACAACAAGAUGUUUGAAGCCACUCCUUUAUGGUAAGACUCGUACAGCUUCAAAACAUCUGCAAUAAGCACACCGGUUUACACAGUUUCAGUCAAACAGCAAAAGAAUCGUUUGUUCGCUUUUCGAGUCGUCUAUGAGGACACACCUACGUAAACACACUUUUCAAGCUGUGAAUGUUAGUGGGCGCAGACGUCAGUUGGUUUACAUCCUCAAACUUGUAUUUAGUCCCAUUAUAUUUAGUUAUAUUUCCAAUGGAAUAGUGUGAAUGGUGGGAAUCGGAGCAGGAGAUAAGGCACGGCUUGUGUUUUGCCUGCAUCAAUGGCCCACUGCUAUUUUUAUGUCUUUUGCUUUCAUGUGGUUUUAUUUUAUGAUUUUAUUUCAGUAUUACUGGGAUAGUUGCACAUGUCUAGACUAUUUUAAUUGUCUGUUACAUUAACACGUUAUGUAUGUUUUUGUCGUUUUCAUUUUGAAAGUAACGUCACCUCGACUUCUUCUUGUUUGCUCAUUUAGAGAACAGCUUUAUCAGUUUCUAUUGGGAAACAGAGGUGUUGUCAAUUAAGCUCAGAACUAACGAUUAGCGUUCUGAGGUGUAACGGAGCAGGAGGCCUUAUCCCGCCGGACCAGGAUGUCUCAAGACGUUCGAUUAGAUGGGUCCAUCUUUAUCUUUCGAUUUCACUAGAUCCUCCUGUUCUUCUGUAUUUCACGGACCAGUGUGUCUUUCCAGGCUCAGCUCUACUGUUUCCAGUUGUGUGGAACGGCAAAGUCGUUUUUCAAAUGGGAAGAUCUUGGGUAAUAAAGGACAUGAAUCCAAGUUUGCUUGGAUGAUGAUUGCAAGAAACUUCUUCCAGAGUGUCGAGAUGCUGCAGCGUUUUUGUCCGACCGACAAUAAUAAACCAAAUUGACAUGAAUAAACGGUAAUGGAGGAGUUGGCAACUGGUUUAUACUCGGCCUGACUUCAAUAACAAGUUAUCGCCAUUUCCUUUGUGGUGUUUUUGUAUGGGAUUUGAGUGAAGAUGAUUGGACGCUGAGGUAGAGGAUGGGAAACUGGCCAUCUUGCAUUGCUCAUCUUCUUAAAACAAUAUUUUUGUAAGGUGUCUUUAUCCUAAAAGGGAGGAUUUUAUAGGAAAUGGGGCAUCCAGCACAGGCAAUAUUGAGACAUUUGGGAAAUGCUGGUUGUGACAGGUUGGCUGAUCUGGGGUGGUUUUUGUUUACAUGCGUUUGUAUUGUUCUGAGCCUUUAAUAUCAGGUAUUAGCACUUUGGGUUGUAAAAAAGCUAUCUGAAGCUCUGAGGGGAAUAAAGCUAUGGGAGUCAAUCAGCAAAAUGACACACUCGAAACGCUGUCGACAAAGUGUUUACAUGAUAAAUGAACAUGAAUGUUAUUUUGGUUCAAGCUGUGAAAGUCCCGUGAGGCUGGAUUGUCAUUUUUGAGCUGUUGUGAAAGCACAGGCAGAAAAGUUUCAGAAGAUCUUGACCAACCACAUGAACUCGGCACCAAGAGUUAAAGGAGAAAGUGUUGAAAUGGGAAUUUUUCUUAAAAAACGAAGGGGAACAUCACGUCAGACAUUUUACUGAAAUGAGUUAUGCAUCUUGACAAGUCUCCAGCCUUUUCCAGCAGGGACUUGGACCAAAGUAAAUUAUGAUACUGUUGGUUCUGUGGCAUUUUCUAGGUUUAUUUCUCUAAACGUUUGGAUGAGGGUUGGCGUUAUGGAAUAGUAUGAGCUAGAAACUGUAUGGUUAAUAAAUGGAGACAGAAGAACGGUGGGAAACGUGAUUAAGCUGCCUCUGUUAUCUAAUACAUUUUCUGGAUUGUUUUUGUUCCAGUUGUUUAUUAUUUCACACUACACCUCUUUCUCUCUCUGUCUCUCUUUUUUGUGAACAAUAAUGAAAUAGUUUUAAUGAAAUUGUCCAUGACAUUUAGUUCAUGGAUGUUUUUCCCCCUAACUACAGUGAUGAUAAAUGUUAUUUUUGUUGUUGCUGGUUUGUCUUUUUUUCCUUUACAGUUAAUGUGUUACGUUCAGUCUUUUCAGUGAGAUUCUCUGUAUCUCCAACAUACUUUGUACUAUUCGGUUUCACUGUCUUUAUAUGUACAAUGCGUAUAAUAUCACACACACGAUAUUGACAGAUGGACUUCUCAUCUUCUCUGCCACUUUCUUUGGCUGUUUGAACUUCACCGCAUUACUUGUUUUAUGUGGUGGUGUAUUGCAACGGACUGAUACAGAUUUGUAGUGAGUUGUUUAAGAAAUGAUUUUGCUUGCGUGUGUGCGUGUCUCACUCUGUGCCAUCCUGUGUCACCUGCUCCCACCCACCUUAUAACCUCUCUGUCUGACCCCAUGACCCAGGGUAGCGCUAUGACCUUUGACCUGAGAGAUGUGCUCCUGGGUUCCAGACAGGACAAAACUAAUAAACACUUUUGGUUGUAUGUUUUUUAA